AUGGCCACAGGCCCUGAACCGUCGGCCAAACAGCCUAAGCGGAUUCUCUUCAUUGACGCCUAUGACUCGUUCACAAAUAAUAUUGUCUCCCUUCUCCGAACACUUCUCGGCGCAGAGAUAUUUCUUAUAAGGAUUGAUCUUUCGGUCAUCGACAGACUGGAUGAAAACGAUACACCUGCAAGAUGGGCAGAGCAAGAAUUUCUCGAUAAUCUCUCACAAUUCGACGCAGUAGUUUGCGGCCCUGGCCCCGGAUCUCCGCUUAACCCAGAGGAUGUCGGGGCUUUCAAUCUGCUCUGGAAUCUCCCUGAGCAUCGUCAGGUGCCCGUUUUGGGUAUAUGUCUUGGUUUCCAGAGCCUUUUGGCUGCGCAUGGCGGAGCUGUGAGGAGGUUGAAGAGGGGCAUUCAUGGUAUGGUGAGAGAGAUUGAGCACCAGGGAGAGGAUAUCUUUCGUGAAGUGCCACCUUUCAAGGCUACUCUAUAUCACAGCCUGUGUGUCGAUAUUGGUCAGUACAACGAUGGGUGGCAGGAGAAGAAUCGCUGGAACCCGACCUCCGAGUUUACACCUCUGGCCUGGGCGACAGAGUUCAGAGACGAUGGUCGACGUGAGCAAAUUCUUCAGGGUGUCCGACAUCUCAGAAAACCGUUCUGGGGUCUUCAAUAUCAUCCGGAAUCCGUGUGCACCGAAAAGAACGCACAUGGUGUAAUCAUCAACUGGUUUCAGGCUGCCAUUCAAUGGAACAAGAACCACGGACGACAUGUACAGGGGCCGUUGCUGGAGAUUCAGACUCUCUCACCACCAAACCAUCUGGAGUCUGCGGCUGCACACAAGGAAAGACUGCCAGGGGACUGGUGGUCAACGUCAUGUGGCGAAACGACGUCCUUGAGGGACUUUGCAAAAACAGCAGAGUAUACACACAACACAAUUCCUCUACCCCAAGGAGUUGGCGUACCAGAGAUUGUCGAAACGCUGGGAUUGGCCGAGGGAGAAUCUGUCAUUCUCGACUCAUCGAGUUCAAAGAACGGAGAUGCGUUGGCUCUAAACAGUAUUGUCGCUCUAGAGGUCGAAGAGGCAUUGCGGGUUGAGUACAAUGUCUUAGAUGACUUUGUGACAAUCCGACUACCAGCAGCUGGCGAUACCGAUAGAAUUGAGACCGUCAGUCUUGAAAAUGGCACAGUCAAGGUUUGGGAAAUCAUUUCGGAUUUUUGGGAGAGACGAAGCAAUCCCUCUGGAUUUGAUCAGUCAACUUCCGCCUUUAAAGGUGGUUUCAUGGGCUUCAUCACUUAUGAGAUGGGUCUGCAUGGCCUUGAGAAGAAGAUGGUACCAGAAAAUAGGGGUCAUGCGAGACCUGACAUCUUCUUGGCAUGGAUUACCAAGAGCAUUGUUUUGGAUCAUCGAGCUGGUGUGGCACACAUCCAAAACCUGAAACCUCAAGGAUCAGACGACAUGUGGCUCGAAAAGAUGACGGAAAGAAUUCAACGAUGCUUCCCCCAAAGACCAUCAAAAGCAAGCAACGGGCAUAGCAACGGCAAUUCUGUUCAGCACAAGCAAGUCAAUAUCACAACACCACAGCCCGACAGAUAUGAAGAGCAGGUUCGAGUGUGCCAGGACUUCAUCGCAGCAGGAGAGUCGUAUGAACUUUGCCUCACGUCACAAACAACUAUGGAAAGGCCUCGUUCUCGCAACGAUGAGAGAAGCCCUUGGCAUAUCUACCAGACACUCAGAAAUCGACAGCCAGCCCCUUUCGGAUCAUUUAUCCGGCUUGGUAGCGCUACAAUGCUCAGCUGCUCCCCUGAGCGUUUCAUGCGCCACGACAGUAACGGGCUUUGCUCCAUGAGACCAAUGAAGGGUACAGUUCGCAAGUCGGAAGCUGUUUCGACGCUGGCGCAGGCUGAGAAGAUUCUGCAUGUGCCCAAGGAAGUGGCCGAGAAUCUCAUGAUCGUUGAUCUCGUACGACACGAUUUGCAUGGCGUCUGUGGUGUUGGCCAUGUUACAGUCCCUGAUUUGAUGAAGGUGGAAGAGUAUGCCACCGUCUUCCAGAUGAUCACGGUCGUUAACGGUCAACUUCCUGGACGUAAUGGCAAUAAGCCCCGUGGCGCUCGCCGAAGUAGCUUUGAUUCACACUGUCCAUACACCGGUCUAGAUGCUCUUGCUGCAGCCCUUCCUCCUGGAAGUAUGACAGGAGCGCCAAAGAAGCGCAGUUGCGAGCUUCUACAGGUUAUUGAGGGUCACCACGAGCGAAGUCUGUACUCUGGUGUCGUUGGAUAUAUGGAUGUCACUGGUGCAGGGGACUGGAGUGUUACAAUUCGGACUAUGUUCCGAUGGGAUGACGAAGAGGUCCCUGCUGAAAAUGGCGAGACUGAGCCCAGGGAAGUUUGGAGGAUCGGAGCUGGAGGUGCGGUAACUAUUCUCAGUACCCCUGAGGGGGAAAGGGACGAGAUGUUUACCAAACUUGCUGGUCCCAUGGGCGUAUUUAGAGACGCGGCUUAA